AUGACCAGUACUUGUACUUCUAUUCAUAAAAACAGGAGUCAGGAGAGCUUAAGGCUUACGUCUCUCCAAACUCUUCCCGUCCUGUUGCUUACUGCUCAUAACAAAGGCGAACUCACCGGCUUCUACAAGCUUGUAUUUUCAGCUUUACACGAUGAGUUGUUUUCCGGCAAAGGUGAUGGCAGCACUAGUAGUAGCUGUAUUCCUUCUUGUGGGUGGAAUACAUAUUCCACCAACUUCUGCAUCACUUUUUUACGGUGGUCGGAAGAGUUUAUCACUUGAUGGCUCCGUGAAGACAACACCAAGAUUAGAAGGCAGUUCUGAAGAUCUGAACAAUCUUGCUAGUAAGAAAAUAGUUUCCGUCCGGAUCCUACGUGGAAGAGGUCUGAAGCCGCCACCUCCACCCACCCGAAACAUACCAACAAAAUGGAAAAGCCCACCUCCACCCUUCAAGGGCAAGUCUCCACCUCCGCCUCCUAUUUUAGGCUAGGACAAAAAUUUCUUACGGUUUGAGAAAUUUUCUUCCUAACUCAAUUUGUAGAAGUACUGACGGAUUCUUUAACAUGUAGUCGUUAAAGAAACACAUAUUAUUUUAAUAAUUAUGUUUCUUACUUUGUUCUCUUGAUGUGAUCCCAAAAAAAUAGUUAUGUAUUCAAACUUAAUUCGCAAAUA